AUGCAUCAGGCCAGGCAUCGCCAAACAAGAGUUGCUAUGAACGUUGCGACAUCUGUACUCACCGUUACUAAGCUCUAUGCUACACAAAAUAAUGACAACAACAACAACGCUCAUAUUUCAACAGAUCAACAACAGAAACAGACGAUUCUGUGUUACGCUAUUGCGACUAUUCCUCCAUGUGCUAAGCUUACUUAUUCAACUGCAACAGCAAACGAAAUGAAAAGUGAUAUGAGUCAAGCAAUUGAAGGACUCUUUUCAGCUAUAACUUAUAUUUUUGGUUACACACCUUUCUGCACUAGUUUCUACAUUUAUUAUGUUUUAUCUUCAGCAUAUCGACAAAAUGUAAAGAAGAUAUUGUUAAAGAAAAGACAAAUACGAGUUGGAACAGUAAUUAGCGCGUAA